UUUCUCCUUUCUGUUUGCCAGGAGCCGUUUUCUGCUUUUCACCCUGAUCCAAAGUUUGUGCAAAGGUUUCUGAAGCCUCUGCAGAUUGGAGAGCUGGCAUCAACAGAGCCCAGCCAUGAUGGGGGAAAAAAAGCUGCGAUCGUACAGGAAUUUGCUGCUUUACGUGUUCAGGCAGAGAAAGACGGUCUGUUUCGAUCUCAGCCUCUGCUCUUCUGCCUCCAUGUGGGUCACAUCUUGCUGCUGGAGGCGCUUGCCUGGCUGGUGGUCUUGCACUGGGGAACAAGCUGGAGCCUGACAUUUUUAUGUGCAGUCCUGCUGGCAACUGCUCAGUCACAGGCCGGGUGGCUCCAACACGACUUUGGCCACCUGUCUGUCUGUAAGACAUCCCGCUGGAAUCACUUGGUGCACAAGUUUGUCAUCGGUAGUUUAAAGGGAGCUUCUGCCAACUGGUGGAAUCAUCGACAUUUCCAGCAUCAUGCUAAACCCAACAUCUUCCGUAAGGACCCUGAUAUCAACAUGUUGGACAUGUUUGUACUUGGAACCACUCAACCGGUAGAGUAUGGCAUUAAAAAGAUCAAACGUUUUCCCUAUAAUCGCCAACACCAGUACUUCUUUCUUGUGGCGCCACCGCUGCUCAUUCCAGUUUUUUACAACUAUCAUAUAAUGCACACCAUGAUCACCCGCCGUGACUGGGUGGAUAUGGCUUGGGCCUUGACAUUCUAUCUUCGCUACUUCUGGUGUUAUGUACCCCUGUAUGGUCUGCUUGGCGCAUUGGCACUCAUGGCCUUUUUCAG